CUUGUGCAGCCGCGGCCCUGGCUCAGUUGUCUGAGCGAUCGCGAGCCAGGAGCCGGGCGGGCGCGGGCAGCGGCGGGUGGCCGGGCUGUGCGGGACGAGCGGCGGCGGCGGGGCGCGGGCAGCGGGGUGGCCUCGGCCGGGGUGGCGGCGGGGCGCGGGCGGGAACUAGCAGUGUCUGCAGCCGCGCCGGCCGCCCGUGCCCCGGCGCGCUCCGGCUUGGCCAUGGAGCUGCCAGCUGUUGGCGAGCAUGUCUUCGCGGUGGAGAGCAUCGAGAAGAAGCGGAUCCGCAAGGGCAGAGUGGAGUAUCUGGUGAAAUGGAGAGGCUGGUCCCCCAAAUACAACACGUGGGAGCCCGAGGAGAACAUCCUGGACCCCCGGCUGCUGAUCGCCUUCCAGAACAGGGAGCGGCAGGAGCAGCUGAUGGGCUACCGGAAGAGAGGGCCAAAGCCCAAACCACUGGUGGUGCAGGUACCUACCUUCGCCCGGCGCUCCAAUGUGCUGAGCGGACUCCAGGACUCCUCUGCCGACAACCGCACCAAGCUGGAGCUAGGCGCUCAGAGCAAGGGCCAGGGGCACCAGUACGAGCUCAACAGCAAGAAGCAUCACCAGUACCAGCCGCACAGCAAGGAGCGGGCGGGCAAGCCUCCGCCCCCGGGCAAGAGUGGCAAGUACUACUACCAGCUAAACAGCAAGAAGCACCACCCCUACCAGCCUGACCCCAAGAUGUACGACCUGCAGUACCAGGGCGGCCACAAGGAGGCGCCCAGCCCCACCUGCCCUGACCUGGGCACCAAGACCCACCCGCCCGACAAGUGGGCCCACGGCACUGGGGCCAAGGGCUACCUGGGAGGUGUGAAGCCCCUGGCCGGUGCUGCUGGGGCUGCGGGCAAGGGCUCUGAGAAAGGCCCCCCCAACGGAAUGACGCCGGCCCCCAAGGAGGCAGUGACAGGCAAUGGGAUUGGGGGCAAAAUGAAGAUCGUCAAAAACAAGAACAAAAACGGGCGCAUCGUGAUCGUGAUGAGCAAGUACAUGGAGAACGGCAUGCAGGCAGUGAAGAUCAAGUCCGGCGAGGCGGCGGAGGGCGAGGCGCGCUCCCCCAGCCAUAAGAAGCGGGCCUCCGAGGAGCGUCACCCCACCGCGGACAGGACUUUCAAAAAGGCGGCAGGGGCAGAGGAAAAGAAGGUGGACGCUCCCUUCAAGAGGAGGGAGGAGGAGGCGCCGGCAGCCGGUGACCCGCAGCCCCAGGACGCCGGCUCCCGCAAGCUCUCCCCGACCAAGGAGGCCUUUGGCGAGCAGCCGCUGCCGCUGACCACCAAGCCGGACCUGCUGACCUGGGACACGGCCCGCAGCUCGCACCCGCCCUCCCACCAUCACCACCACCACCACCAUCACCACCACCACCACCACGCGGUGGGCCUCAAUCUCUCCCACGCACGCAAGCGAUGCCUCUCCGAGACCCACGGGGAACGGGAGCCCUGCAAGAAGCGACUGACGGCACGUAGCAUUAGCACCCCCACCUGCCUGGGGGGCAGCCCAGCUGCUGAGCGCCCCACUGACCAGCCCCCUGCUGCCCUCCAGCAGCCCGAGGUCAUCCUGCUGGACUCGGACCUGGACGAGCCCAUAGACUUGCGCUGCGUCAAGACGCGCGGCGAGGCUGGGGAGCCGCUCAGUACCCUACAAGUGAAGCCUGAGGCGCCUGCGACUACCGCAGUGGCAGCUGCGCCGGUGACAGCGGCCGAAAAGCCUCCAGCAGAGGCCCAGGACGAGCCCGAGGAGCCGCUGAGCGAGUUCAAGCCCUUCUUUGGAAAUAUAAUUAUCACCGACGUCACUGCGAACUGCCUCACCGUCACUUUCAAGGAGUACGUGACGGUGUAGCUGCAGGGCAUCGGAAAGGGGCAGCUCCACCCCGGCCGGAGCACAGUGCCCGGGGCUGGGGGUGCAUUCCUCCCGCCCACUGCCUGGCGAUCCAUGCAGGCCCCUAGCGCCAGGACGGCCGAAGCUGCAGGAGCCGCGUCCCUCUGUAUCCACCUGUGCGGUCCUGGCUGGGGCGCCGGCCGCUAGCGCCGAGAACUGGCGCCUUCCACGAGGUGCCUGCGGGUCUUUCCCUUCCACCUGCCCCCUCCCCUCCGGCAAGGACCUCCAGGACUGACAGGGCAGCCGCGCACCGAGGUCUCAGAGUUAUAGUAUUAUAUUUUAACCGUGCUAACUUGUCAAGUGCAGACUUUACUCCCGUUUGUACGUGGUGUUAUUAUUGAAAUGUAUUGUUUGAGCUCAAAAGCCCGACCACCCCCUUCGGGCUGAUAUAUAUAUAUAUAUAUUUAUUUGUAGGUAUUUAUAUAUUGAAAUAUAAAAACCUAGAUUUAUGGAGUUCCCUCUAGAUCAUGUUAUAUUCUAUAUCAGACAGACUAUUUUCUGUUGCCCCUUCUUCCCGGCCCUGCGGUAUUUCAGUUGAUCCCAUUUCUCCCCAUUUCAAGAACUGCAAUACCGGUAACCUUGGUAUAUAUUUUUUGAUACCGUACACAUGGAUGUGUUGUUUCUAUGUGCAGAAAAAAAGAAAAAAGUUUGUUAAAAGGCGAAACGAGCUCUCUAGAAACUGCUGCUGCUAGAAAUGUCUAAACUAUAAGCUUCCGAUUAUUCCCUGCUUGAAUGUACAUAUUAAACGGAGAUGUUGAA